CCGAGGCCAGAUUCACUGGCUUCUUUGCCUCCUUACCUGACACAGGUCUCAGCAGUGCAUGAGUGUAUCAGUUGUAAAUGUCUUAAGUAAUAGAAAGCUUGGAUACGAGUUUAUUUUUGCAGAGCUAGCAGUUGAGAGGUGGGCAGAUAAAGGUGUUGGUUUCAUGGCCUAAAAUUGUCAGAGCCGAAUCCAGGUCAUUUUCUCAUGUUUUUCCUGCUGAUCACAAGAUGACUCCUCCAAUUCAGACAAAGCAGCCUUGCAAAGAGCCAAGGGAAAAACCAUCUGGCCUUGGCGCAGGGGAGUACAUAGAAGUCCUGAAGCUGCUGAGCAUCACACUUCUGCUGUGCUCUCUGACUUGCCUCUUGCUGGAGACUGUCGCUUCCUCUGUGUCACCUUUAUCUGCCUUCAGAGUACAAGACCAAGAUGGCCUGCCACAACGCUCAAUGGAAAAUUCCAGGUCCUGGCUGAGCAACUUCAAGGAUUACCUGUGUGAUCUCAUCAGGAGCCAGAUCCCUCUAGCAGCCAUUUUUAUUUUUCUUAUCAUGUCAGCAGUACUGGGGACCCUCUGCUGCCUCACUGUUCUAAUAGGUGAACCAGUCCAAUGAAGUAUGAGAAGAUUCAAUGGGACAAGUGUAAUGCUUAGCUUGCUGGAUUCCAAGAGAGUGGAGAGUAUGCUAUUUGUGUACAAUAAGGAAGU